AUGGAAGCUAUUACACAACUCAAAAAAUUUAUGUAUCUCAUUUCAUAUUAUAAAUGUAAGAGGUCAUCAUUUUAAUGUGAAGAGUUUUCACAGGUAUAUGAUCAACAAUGACAUCUCAGACAUUGAAACACUAAUCAAAUUUUGUUAAUUGGACAAUACUGGAUAGAGAUUCAAUUUAUGGAGAUUGUUUUUUAAGUAUUAUUUACAUUCAAUCUAGCAUCUACACAUUAGAAGACACAGUCUAUGAUAAGAUAGCCAAGUUAACCAAAACAAGAGAAACCUAUAAAUCAUUAGAGCAAAAGUAUUCAAGAUCUUAAGAUGUGUCAUCAACAACUAAAAUUGAAGAUUAACCUAAAAAAGGUCCAUUGGGUGGACCAUUAGGAGGUCCUUUAGGUGGUCCAUUGGGGGGUGGAUCUAAAAUAAAGGCACCAACACAAAAUCCAAUGGAAGAUGCUGAAUUAAAGAAUGAAAUAAGAAAGGACGUCGAAAGAACAUAUCAAGAGAUUUAAUUUUUCGCUAAUAAAAAAGUAUUGCAAAUCUUGACGAGUGUAUUGUUUAUAUGGAGCAAAGAAAACAGUGAAAUUUCAUAUAGAUAAGGUAUGAAUGAGGUUGCAGCUUCUUUGAUCCAUGUGUAUUUCCAAGAAGCUCUUUACUCCGAUGAAAUUGAUAAGAUACAAGGAGUAUGAAUUUAUCUAUCAUUAAGGCAACAGAGGAAGACAAGCAAAUCUUGCUAGAAUUUAAUUCAUGGGAAUAUGCAGAAGCUGACAUCUACACACUAUUUUAGAAAUUGAUGAAUGAUGCACAGCAUAUGGAAAUGUUCAGACCCAAUUAUACUGAAGCUUAAAAGAUCAAAUUACAAAGCAAAAAGCCAAGUGCAAUUUUGACAAGAGUCUCUAAAAUUUAAGACAUUCUAUUGAAAUAAGUUGAAAUGCCUAUGUUUAGACAUCUCAAAUUAUUGCAAGUGGAAUUCCAAAUCUUCUUAUUAAAAUGGAUAAGGUAUUAUAAUAUAAGAAACUAUAUAGAUGUAUGUUUACAAGAGAAUUACAUUUAUUGGAAUCAUUUAAAGCCUGGGAUGCAAUUUUCUAUGACUUUUAUGAAUAAAAAACAGAAACAUUGUUCUUUGUUGACUGCAUAGCAAUUGCAAUGAUAUUGUAUGUUAAACAACCAAGUAAUUUGUUAGUAUUUAAUAAUAGUAAUGGAAAUGGAAGAUUCCAGUUAGUGUUAUCAAAGAUUUCUCAAAUACCCACCUGUUUCUAAUUUGCCAGCUCUACUUGAGUCAGCAAUCAAUGUGAGAGCUAUCUUAUUGAAUUAAAAGUCUGCGACUAAUCUAGACGAUUAAAAUGAAUCAAAUCAACCCUCUAUCUAUUCAGAUAGACAAUUCAACCCUGUUUUUUUUGCCUAAACCACUGACAAAGUGGAAGGAGUGGAUGCUAAGGUUGUUAAAAUUACUUCUGAAAAACCAUAAUUUAGAAUGAAGGGUGAUGUAGAUUUAGUCUACAAAGAUGAAACCUCUCCAGAAAAAUCAAAUUAAACUUAGUAAUAAUUUAUUAAUCCCUUACAACCAAAACCAGUACCUCAACAAUAAAAACCACAGCAAUUCUAUCAAUAGUAAUAGCCUUCAUAACAAAUACAGUAGUAGUAAUCUUAGCCAUCCAAUUAAACAAAUUAAAGUAGCAACUAAUCUUCAAUUACUACCAAUUUCUUUGAUUCUAGUUUAUCUAGUACAAAUACUAAAACUAUUAAAACAUAAUUUUAAGUAGAAGAGCAAUCUCAAUAAGUUAAAAAGGAUAAAGCAUCAGCUCCAGUAAAGAAUGCUAUUUCGAUCCCAAUAUCAUAGGCUGAAGAGAUGUUUACCACUUUAGAAGAAACCCUAAAGUUCAUGAAAUCAUUUAAAGAUAAGUAUAAUAUCAUAAUUAUUGUAGUUCAAACUAUUAGGAUUUGAUAAGGAACUUGACGGAAAUGAAAGAUUAUUUUGAAACUUCGCUUAAGUACUUUAGCAAAUUAUUAUUUUUAGUGAUAAUUCAUCGAGUCAAUAGCAAAAUUAAUAAGAGGAUAAUAGUUUGUCUAGUAAAGUAGUAGGAUUCCUAAAGAAAAAAAAGUGAAUUAAAUGUUCUAUUAUUUAAUAUUUUUAAAUAUAAUAUAUUG